CGAAUAACGCUUGUUAUAAUAUAACGAAAGAGAUGGAAGAUGAACAGGAAUGCAACAUUGGCGUUGUAAGUGAAGAAAACGUAAGCGAAAUUUUAAGUAAUAAAUCAUAUCGUGAAAAACCUUUAAAAACUGUAAGUUUGUGCGAUAAAACGACAAGUGCAUUAAUAGAUUCCGGUUGUGACGUGUGCUUAAUAGCUAAUGAUUUUUUCAACGAACUGAGUGCUCCCAUAAAUCAAAAUAUGAACAUUGCUUUAACUGGUAUAGGUUAUGCUAAAGUUUAUUCCCGUGGUGCGACUACCUUAGAUAUAUUGAUAGAUAAUCAUAAAUAUAAAAAUGUUAAUUUUUACAUUGUUCCUAAAGAUUCAAUUCCUUGGAAAGUUAUUCUAGGUAACACUUUUUUGCGUAAUGUAUUAACAUGUAUGAAAGAUUGUGAAGUGUGGUUUACCCCAACAGAUGAUAAUUUUAUGAGUUGUAUGAUGAGUAGUUAUGAUGAGUUGUGUGAUUUCCCUGACAUUAAUCAUAUUCUAGAUGAACGUGUAAAAAAUGAAGUGCAAAAUUUAGUAACCAAUUACCAACCUCAACAAAUCAAAGAAGCGCCUAUUCAAAUGAAAAUUAUAUUAAAAGAUGACAUCCCCAUAAGGUCAAGUCCACGUCGCAUAUCACAAACAGAGCAAGGUGAGGUAGAAAAGCAGAUAAAAGAAUGGUUAGACAGAGGAGUUAUUCAACAAAAGAUGAAAUAGAAGCUUUAAUAAGAUUAAAAGAAGUUUUAAAAGUAGCAUCACAAUAUGGAUUAAUAAUAAACUGGAAGAAAGCCAAUUUGAUAACAAAAAGUAUUACAUUCUUAGGACAUGAGA